AACGGACGCCAACGCGGUUUAAGAUAUAAAAUAGCUCGAUAUAAGAAAAGGUGCUUCUAUGUCUAAGAAGCUGCAGCAGCAAAAACCAAUCAAAGUUUUUUAGUGCCGCGGGUACAAAAAUUAAUUUCAAUCUAGAUUUAAUAGUGACGUGCUUUAACAAUUCAAGUAUAAUCCUAAAGACGGAAAUAAUUUCUUGAAUAUAAAUAAAUAAAAAAUAAAGUUUUAUUAUGAAGGAUUUUGGCAAUAUGUUUGCACGACGUUAUAGUGCAGUUUGUGUAAAUGAUGAAGAUACGACCAAUUGUCACAGGAAAUCGCUAGAUAAAGCCGGAUUCGGGCCCACUAACGGAGAUCCUGCAGCGACUUCGGCGGCUAUGGCAGCUUUGCAACGUGCCCAGCGUCGCAAGAGCCUUAAAGCAAACCGAUCAAUGAAACCGAUGUAUAUAUUGGGCAGCUUUUUUAACGAACCUAACGAGGGCAAACGUAAUAGAGUUCCUAAACGUGCUUUUCUCCUACUUGCCAUUGGAUUUUUGGCCAUAACUACAGCAGUGCUAGUUAAAGUGUUUCAACCCUAUGAUUUAAUAUUCAAAUGGAAGUUAAUCAUGUCUGAGGGAGGUGAAAUCUUCAAUCUUUGGGCCGUUCCACCAGUUGAUCUGUACAUUAAGAUUUACCUCUUUAAUAUAACAAACGCAGAGGCAUUUUUGUCUGGUCGCGAGCAGCUCAAGGUAGAACAAGUUGGACCUUAUAUAUACAAGGAGAUAAUGAGCCACAAAAACGUUACAUUUAAUAAAAAUAAUACUAUGAGCAGCACACCCAGUCAUCCUUUGGUUUGGCAGGAGGAAAUGUCUGGCAGUCGACACGAGGACGAUGAAGUCAUAAUGCUCAAUAUUGCAAUGCUGGCCAUAUCGCAUCUAACUGCAAACCACCCGUUCUUAGUAAGAAUGGCCCUUAAGACGUUGUUAGCGAGUACGAAAUCAGAACCGAUAGUUCGGACUACUGUUAGGGAGUUCAUGUUCGGUUACCCUUCGACUCUUGCCACACUAGGCAAUACCUUUCUUCCAAACUGGAUAUCUUUUGAAAAGGUGGGUCUUAUUGACCGUAUGUACGAUUUCACUACGGAUUACGAGACUUUCUACACGGGAUUGCCAGAUCCGGCGCUGUCGGGGCUUUAUGCGACCUAUCGCGGAAAAAAAAACCUUCCACAAUGGGAGGGUAACCACUGCAGUAACAUUGAGUACGCCUCAGAUGGCACAAAGUUUAAAAGCUUUAUUCAAGCCAACGAGACGGUGAAAUUCUUCAGAAAAAGCAUGUGUAGACCAAUCAACUUGUACCGCGUUGGCGAAGAAAAAACGUAUGGCGCCCUAAAAGGUUACAACUACGUGUUUGAGGAUAAUGCUUUUGAUAAUGGUGUAAGCAAUGAGGCUAACAAAUGCUUCUGUCGAAAAGGCGAUUGUCAGCCGGUUGGACUAAUUGACGUCACUGAUUGCUACUACGGUUUUCCAAUCUCCUUAAGCUUUCCUCACUUCAUGAACGGCGACGUGGGACUGCAACAAAAUGUUACUGGCAUGAAUCCUGAUCCGGCCAAACACUCGUCAGUAUUUGUUAUUCAACCGGAAUCCGGACUACCGCUAUCACUUUCUGUAAAAGUACAAAUCAACAUGCAUUUCAAGGACCUGAGCAACUACCAUACUGUCUCCCAAUUCAGUCACCUAACAGCGCCCAUGCUAUGGUUUGAGAUCAUGAUGCCAGGGCUACCCGACGCGUUGGACUCACGCUUCAACUUUUACCUCAACAUUUUGCCGCUGGUUAACCCACUUAUUUUUUGGAGUGCUCUGCUGCUGGGAGUUGGUCUUUUGGGCUAUGCAAUUACCAAGGCUACCCUUCAUAUGACUAGCUACGGCCGCCAGUCGGCCAAAAUUUCCGAAGGCAACUACGUUAAGUCCAAUCUUCUCCAGACGCUCAAAGACAGCGACGAUGGGGCAGCUAAUCAAGUUUACAGUCCCUGCGAAGUAAAGCUGAUAGUUGACCGUCCUGGUUCUAAGGAGCAGCAAGUUAUUGUGCGAUCCAUUGGCGAUGACUCGGUUUUUCAACAGGUGCGUCGAAAGUCGGCCUACGCUCUGGACAUGGAGCCAGCGUUAUCUGACGCAGGCGAGAGCGGCGACGAGGGCCACAACUACGUUAUCCCUCUGAGUCGCAAUUUUAAAACUUCCAUUGCAUUGCCUAAAGCCGAAUCCAUAGAAUCCUACGACGAAAGACUAUUGAAAGUGGAUUUAGGAAACGAAUGUUUACCAACAAUAGAAGCGUUCGACCAGCUCGCCACCAGUCUUGUCAGUAGCGGGUUUUGUAGCUCGCCUUCAUCAAUCCAGAGUUCCAGGUCACGCGAGAGCUCCCAGAGUGGUAGCCCUAGAAAGGACUGGGUGCAGUGCAUUCAGUCUGAUCGAUCUAUUACCACAAUAAUAAAAGACCUUUAAAUACCUCCA